AAUGUAAUUUAAAUUUAUCAAAGUAAACCACAUUAAAAAGAAACAUUUUAUACACACAAAUUUAGACAAGUAGUCAAGUAAUAAAUAUUUAAAUAUAUGAAAGGUAACUUACGAUCAAUUAAUUUUUGUACAGCAGCUAAGUUAAAAAUGACAUCAAUUAAGGUUGAGAACAGAGAUAUGGAUACAACCAAAGAUACAACAAUAAAUUCUGAAACAAGUUUGGACUACUAUGAAUGUCUAAAUGAUAUAUAUAUUAAUAAAUAUAUGGAUCUAAUCACACAACGUUCCGCAAAUGAAGUAUAUGUGUUCGAUACUUUUUUUUUCACUGCCUUUUCUGAAAAGGGAUUUUCAAGUGUUUAUCAUUGGACAAAAAAUAUUAAUAUAUUCUCAAAAAAAAAAUUGAUGAUCCCUAUUUAUACCAAAGAAGAAAAUCGCUGGAGCUUAGUGUAUGUUGAUAUGACAAAAGAAAAAAUGAUAUAUUAUGAUAAAUUUGGAAAAAAUAAUUCCAAACACAUGAGAUUAAUAAUGAAAUAUUUGAAAUUAGAACAUUUUUUGAGGAAUGGAGUGUUUCUUAAAACAUUUUUCAUCCAAAUUCCUUCAAGUAUAUUUAGUUCUAAUGUUUUUUUUGACUGUGGAUUGUUUAUUUGUGUUAUUGCAGAACAUCUAUCUAGAAAUGCGCGGUUGCUUUUUUCUCUUACAGACAUGAAGAGAUUCCAUAAACAAAUAGUAUGUGAUGUGAAAGAUGACAAUAUCUCAUUCUUAAUCUCAAGUUACAAUACUUAAAUAUUUUCUGAAAAUUUAGCAUAUAUAUUAUUAUUGUUGAAACAUCUUUAUGUGUUAUUUAAUUUUAUUGUUAAUAACUAAUAAAUAAUGUACUUUGGUAAAUUAAA